AUGUGUCAGUUUCAAAGUGUGAUCAGAGUAAAAACAUCUUUUAAUAAACCAAACUGUCCUCGUCUCUUUCAGGCGUACGACGCCACCGUGCUGGCCGGGUCGUACUCGGGUCCUCAGCUCGACAUCCUCAUCGAUCAGGGCCGCGAUGACCAGUUCCUGUCGGCCAGUCAGCUGCUGCCCGACAACCUGAUCGCCGUCUGCUCCGAGAAGAAAAUCCCCGUGGUGUUCAGACUGCAGCCGGGCUACGACCACAGCUACUUCUUCAUCUACUCUUUCAUGAACGACCACAUCAAACAUCACGCUAAGUUCCUGAACGCCUGAAGACGAAGCUCUGCUCCGUCGUCACCAUCACGAGCCGCAGACUUUCUUUCCCUGAGACUCCGAGAUGUUGUCUGUGAAUCAGUCUGUGAAUCAGUCUGUGACGUCUGUGCCUUCAGUCACCUUCACAACUUCAGAGUCUUCAGUUGUUCUUGUUUUGUCUGUUUUACUUUAAACAUGUCGUUUGUCGUCA